GUUUAUAUGAUAUUACAGGCAGAUAUAUUAGAUUACAUUGUUUACUUUUCUUGCAUUCAAUACAUCAUAUAUGAUAUAUGUAAACAAAAUUAGUUUGGAUUGUAACCCACACAGUAAUGACAACGAAAAUAUAACACAUAAGGCGAAACAGCCAUUGGCGUCUGUAGUGAAAAUGUCUUUUCUGAGGGUUGUUAACGGUAUGGAACGAUUAUUAAUAGGAAAUCAAAGCGAAGAUUUUCAGUUUACUUCAGAGGUAUAUGAUAUGACCGAAAUAUACACGAAAGCAGAUAUCUUUAUAACGGUUCUUGGCAUUACUAUGAUGACGUCACAUAGCCCCACCCACAAAUCCUCGAGUAUAGACCAAAGACUAUUUGGUAUAGGCCAGUACAAAUGCAUUUUGACAACUCUGUGGACAAUAAUGAAAAUUAAAAGAUAGUUGCUGGAGGGGAUUACUAAAUGCGCAAAAAAUAAGCCUUUACAAGAAAACAACAGUUGUGACGUCACAGUUUCUGAGCUAAUCACGACACGAACACUUAGCCAAUCACAGGGCAUCCAGUAAUUCAGAGUCGGUUGUCGCGACCAAGGUCUAUAUAAGUACUUAUAUAGACCUUGGUCGCGACAGCCCUGAUGCGCACGAGAGAUCUGGAUUAAACUUCAAUUCUGGAUGAACUAUUAUGGCUCAUGCGGAGACGCCCAAUAUUUCAGUCCUGUGCUCGGAGAAAUCAAACAAUUUUAAACAACCGCCUCCACCCUAACUCUGCUUCUCUCCCACAUGUCCUCAGCGGGCGGCCAUAAGAAUGAAAACCAGAGAAAGAUACGACAGUUUGGGCCACACACAGGCUGCCGCCGAAGGGAAGGCCAAGGUCGGGAAGAGCAGCAGUUGCCAGACACUCGAGCGGAUUACCCUGUCUUUGUCGUUUUCUGUGCCACGGGCUGCGUGGAAGUAGAAUCUUGCGGGUCUGUCACAUUCCGUCCUUGGGUGACAUGACGCGGGCUUUCUCCGAGAUGGUUCGCGGUCGUCAGUGUCGUCGAGGAAUGAAAAAGUGCUGAGGAAAGUCGUCAUAGUUGCCGGGAAGUCUUCAGGGGACGUCUCUCGCUGCUGUGAGCGCCGAAAGUGGAAAAAAUGUUUCGUGGCGGAGGCGUCGUGAGGUCUCCCUCCGCUGCUCACGCUCACUCAGCUCUGUCUUCCAGGAUAAGGUAACCCGCCACGGUGGGACGCCUGCAAAACAUUGGAUUUAACAAAAAAAAAAAAAAAAUUAUGAAAUAUUCAAGCAAGCGGAGUGAAGUAAAUCGUCCAUGCGCAGCUAAAGGCAUUCAUUCUCUCCGGCGCAGAAUCAGUUGUCUCCUCGUCCACGCAGACCGCAGAAGUACAGGGUGGCACAGGUAGAGAGAGUCCUGGAGAUUCAGGGAGGAUGGCGACCCCGCAGCGACCCCCCCGCGCCACCACCCAACUCACAAGGCACACGGUCAAUGGCUUCCGGUACCAGGUGGCUAUGAUCACCAAGGGCCGCGCCGUGUUCGUGCAGGCGGUCGAGUGGCUGUACCAAGGGGGGCCGUGUGUUAAGACUCACUUCCUUAGUUUGGGAAACUCAAGAGCAAGCUUUAAGCAGAAGUUCAACAGCGAACAGAGACAUUUGUUAGAGAAUGGUGCCCCGUUUAGGCAGUACGACAUCUCACUGCUCUAUAUCAUUCUCCAACUCAUGUGUGGACUGGCUCGUUCCAGUGACCCUGCAUGGACCUCCCCCCCGGCAGGUCAACCUCUAGAGCACCUUUUGUAUAAGGUUAAGCAGAAGAGGAACAACAUAGCACACACGAAUGACGUCCAGCAGAUGUCAGACCAAAGGCUUACGAAAGAAUUGAGGAAACUCGGCCGCUUAUUCUCCAGGAUCCUUCGACUGGCCGGGAUCCGACGCGGGAUCCGACCUCAUGUCUUUCGGGAUGAGAUCUGGGGAAUCAAGCAGGAUUUCCGCGACCUCCUGCGGAAAGUCAGAGAGCCCCUCCAAGCUACUGACUUGGGCGAACUGCCGCAACUGCAGCAAGAGAUUAGAAAUUUUCAGGAUAUCCUUCGGCAGAACGUCCAGCAGGAGAGUCGACAAGAGUUGUUUGCUUUCUACCCUCACCUGUGGGAUGUGACUCUCGCACAGUGGCUGUAUCCGGAUCUGAAAAUCCAACCCAGUCUAAACUUCACCAACCUGGUGAUCGUGGAAGACACGUCCACUCUGUCGCCAUCUCAGGAGCAGAAGCAUCAACCCAGUGACAUUUCCCACGAGAAUCUGCUGCAGGUUAAGCAGCGAAAUGGUCGCCUUCCUGAAGUGAUUAUAAUAUCAGGCGAAGGAGGAAUAGGGAAAACCACGCUGCUGAAGCACAUGCUGGAGAUGUGGGUGAGAGAUCCUUCGCAAAUUGAGGGACUUCAAGACGUUUCUCCCCUGCUUUACCUACAACUCCGUGGCUGCACAAUCAGCAGUUGGAAUGACCUGCUGAAGCAUCUCCUUCAUAACACAUUUCAGGGCUCUGGACUUACCACUGAUAUCUUUGCGGAUUUAUUCCAGACAAUGCAAGUUGUUAUCUUGUUAGACGGUUAUGACGAAGUGAGCAAGAAGGCCAAAAAAUUGAUAACCGAUCUUCUGAACAAUUGUGGCACCACACGCAUUGUGGUAACCACGAGGCCAGGCUGUGCGAAAGAGCUAACUCAAAUCAUGAAGAGUAAAAAGAAUGUAAUGAACGUCGAAAUCAAAGGAAUCCGCAGAGAGGACCGACCCUACUUUAUUGAAAACACUCUGGGCGCGUUCGUGCAGUGUCCCAUCCACAGGACCAGCUUGAAGGAUAGAAUAGUGAGAAUCCUUGAAAACAUGGACUUUGAGAAGGAUGGGCUUGAUGUCCCACUCACUUUGAUCCUACUGAUCAUCCGCGAGGUCGUAGCACCAGACCAAAGUUCACAGGACAUCUUUGAAGAUUUGACAAGGCUCAUGGCAGGCAAGGUGGAAGAGAGAUUGGCAGUGAAAGGCAUCGAUGAUGUUGAAGAUAGAGUCAAAGAGUAUCAUGAAUUUCAAAAGAAAGUGGCUCUCAGGGGUUUAAAGAGACAAGAACACGACUUAUUGAGCGAAACAGUAGAAGAUUUAAAGGAAAAGUGUACUGCUCUAAACUUACCCUACAAGGAAAUGCUUUCUGGCUUUCUGGUGUCGAAGAAAUCGCGACAAGGUCUCUUUAUCGUUUCUUUUUGGUCCUUCCCACACAACCGAUUCCAAGAACACUGGGCUGCUGGUUAUGUAGUUACUCAGCUGUUAAAGAUGUCUCGUUCUUUGCCAGACUUAUCAGGACUGCUGGAUUCUUCAUGUCUACCCGAUUUCAAGAAUAAAAGUUACUUACAGCAUUUCAAUCGCGUGAAUAACAUACAAUUGGACUUUCCUGAAAACCCCAUCCUUGAAAUUUAUGCAGAUGAUGCCAAUGAAGCCAGGCAGCUGGCAUAUUCGGCGAUAACAAAGCCCAGGUCGGAUGGAUUAAUGGAAGUCCUCGCUGACAUUACACGCACAUUAGCUUUGUCACAGAAAAAUCUUCUGGAUAAAGUCGCCACAGCCAUCAUCAGCCUCGUCUUAUACAGUAACGUUAAUUAUUUAGAGACUGCAAAUACAAGCCAGAGGUAUUACCAAAUGAUCAUGGCAUCGGGACAGCAUGCAGGUAUAGUGAAAGCGAGUGCCAGGGUGUUGAGCGAAGUUAAACGCCUUGAAACUAAGGAAACCUCUCUGCGUGGCGUAUUGCCCAUACUCGACCACCUCAAGACUGGCUGCGUGCGCGUGUAUUUCCUCCAAGACACACCGAACCUCCCGUCCAACAAGGUCCUCUCUGCGUUGAAGGAUUUGGCCAAAAAGGACGUCGAAAUACAUCUGAAAUGUCUAAUGAAGCCAUCUGCAUUCUCCGAGCUGUGUCUUGAGGCGGUCACGGGUCCAGGACGUCAUUCCCGACUAACGAGGUUCGAAGGUUACUUGACGGGAAAGGGAAUGCGGCUUCUGCCGGAGAGCCUGGAGGAGCUCCUAACCAGGUCUGACGCAGAAGGGAUGCGAGCUCUGCAAGCGCGACUCCCUCACCUGCCGAAUCUUCAAAGCCUAGAUUUCGGCGGCCGCCUGACAGCAGCAGAGAUCCCCCUCCUUCCCACUGUGCUUGAGGAGCUGAUUCUCACGACCGACGGGGAGGGCCUGAAGGCGCUGGCGACGAGGCUCCCGCGGCUGAAGAAGCUGCGGUUUCUCUAUGAGCGCAGCGAGAAAGGCAGCAUCUCCGCAGGCUUCGAGGGCCGCCUGGAGGACGCCGAGAUGCCCCUCCUGCCCCGCGGUCUGAGGAUGGCCUGGGUCGAGACGGACGGGCAAGGCCUCAGGGCUCUGGCAGGGCGGCUUCCGGAGCUGAAGAGCCUCUAUGACCUAGACAUCAGGCUGCUGGAGUGUCCUUCGGCUGCCUCCCUGCCCCUCCUCCCCUACGAGGGCUCGAACCUGACGCUGGACCUGCGGGCCCUCGCGCCCCUGCCGCUUCCCUGGGUCUGCGACGUCGUGUGUGCGCUCUGCUCCGCGCGCAGACGCAGCACGCGGCUCCUGCUCCCCUCCGCCUGCGACGACGCACAGGUGGAGAGCAUCAAGCAGGAGCUCGAAGGCCGCGGCGCCAGGUUCCCUCCGCUCGCCAAGGGGAUCAAGUUCCACUUCGAGGGCGAGCCAGAGGCACAGCGCCCCCUAGCCCCCCCUCCCGCGCUCGUGCCGCCCCCCCAACGGCGCUGGCUGUACUGCGCUCUCGUCGUCGGCGUCGUCUUGGUGGCUCGGCUGAUAGUUGUGAUGUUGCCAUGAAUAUUGGGCAACACACGCACACACACACUCACACACAUACAGAGCAUCUGUCAGCCAGGGUAUUCAGCUCCCCUCGUGUGUUGUGUAACAGUAUCUGUCUGUAUCUCAGCUUUGCCCAUGAAUAUUAUUCAUAUUUAUAUAUUUGUACAUAUAUACAUUUAUACAUACAUACAUACAUACAUACACACACACACACACACACACACAC